AUGGCGGCCAUGGCUGCGGAGGCGGCAGCGACUGCAGCGGUGCCGGGCGAUGGGGGGGCUGGUGAAGCUGAGCCCGAGAUGGAGCCUAUCCCGGGCAGCGAGGCCGGCGCGGACCCUCUCCCUGCCGUCACCGAGGCCGUGGAGUCGGUGGUGCCUGAUGGGGAGGAGGCCGACGGGGGAAAGGUUGCUCCCGGCGAGGCCGAGGAGCCGCCGCCUGUGCAGCUCGCCCGGAGCCCGGCCGGGACUCGGGAGCCGGAAGCUGAGAGGACGGAGAAGCUGCCGCCCUCCACCCCGGAGGUGGGCUCGCCCCAGGCCGAGCACCGGGGAGCGCCUAGCCCGGAGUCCGAGGAGGAGCCGCAGCCCUGCCCGCCGCCUGCUGGGCACCCUGAACUUCCCGAGGAGGAGCCGCAGCCCUGCCCGCCGGCUACUGGGGGCUCCGCGGAGCCGGAGCCCGGGGAGGAGCCGUCCCGGCCGGAGGAGGAGGAGCCGGAUGCUGCUGCUGCCGCCGCUGUCGAGCCCAAGUCCCCGGUGCCCGUGGCUCCGGCCGGAGGGGAGGCGGAGGCUCCGCUGCUGCCUGGCUCCGAGGUGCGGGUCACCCUGGAUCACAUCAUCGAGGACGCCCUGGUGGUCUCGUUCCGGCUGGGAGAGAAGCUUUUUUCUGGGGUCCUCAUGGACCUCUCUAAAAGGUUUGGACCCCAUGGAAUCCCUGUGACCAUAUUUCCUAAAAGGGAAUACAAGGAUAAACCUGAAGCCAUGCAGCUCCAAAGUAAACCAUUCCAAGAUGAGGCACAGGUGAAGUGUGAAUCUAAUGCUGCAGUCCCUGAUGACUCUUCUCUCACGCAGCCAUCAGAACCUAGCAUAGCUAAAAGCCUAUGGACUUCUAAACCACCUCCUCUCUUUCAUGAGGGAGCGCCAUAUCCUCCUCCUUUGUUUAUCAGGGACACGUAUAACCAGUCAAUACCUCAGCCUCCGCCCCGGAAAAUUAAGCGGCCCAAGCGUAAAAUGUACAGGGAGGAACCCACUUCUAUCAUGAAUGCUAUCAAACUACGACCCCGGCAGGUCUUAUGUGACAAGUGCAAAAACAGUGUUGUUGCAGAAAAAAAAGAAAUUAAAAAAGGUGGCAAUGCAAGUGACUCUUCAAAAUAUGAGGAUAAUAAAAAACGAAGAAACGAGAGUGUGACUACUGUGAAUAAAAAACUUAAGACUGACCAUAAAGUGGAUGGAAAAAGCCAAAAUGAAAGCCAGAAAAGGAAUGCUGUGGUCAAGGUUUCAAAUAUUGCCCACAGCAGAAGCAGAGUAGUUAAAGUUUCCGCACAAGCAAAUACUUCAAAAGCGCAGUUAAAUACAAAAAAAGUUCUCCAGAGCAAAAACAUGGAUCAUGCAAAAGCUCGGGAAGUCUUGAAAAUGGCCAAAGAAAAGGCACAAAAGAAGCAGAGUGCAACCUCCUCUUCCAAAAAUGCACAUUCAAAGGUCCACUUCACACGGCGUCUUCAGAACACCAGCUCAGGUUCCCUCCCACCCCGAUUGCGUUUAAAGCCACAAAGGUAUCGGAAUGAAGAAAAUGACUCUUCUCUCAAGACAGGACUUGAGAAAAUACGGAGUGGCAAGAUGGCAACUAAGCCGCAGUCUCGCUGCUCCUCCACCCGCUCAGCAGGUGAGGCCCCUUCAGAAAAUCAGAGCCCCUCAGAAGGCCCUGAAGAGGCCACCAGUGAGGUUCAGGACACAAGUGAAGUGCAUGUAACUGUUGAUCAGGAUGAACACCAGACAUUGGGCAAGAGAGGCAGCAAAAGCAAUAUAACGGUUUACAUGACCCUUAAUCAAAAGAAAUCUGACUCUUCCAGUGCAUCAGUUUGUAGUAGUGAUAGCACAGAUGAUUUGAAAUCUACCAACUCUGAGUGUAGCUCUACUGAAAGCUUUGAUUUUCCUCCAGGCAGCAUGCAUGCACCUUCCUCCUCCUCCUCCUCUUCAAAGGAAGAGAAAAAGCUCAGUAAUUCCUUGAAAACGGAAGUCUUUUCCAAAAACGUCUCUAAAUGUGUCACACCAGAUGGCAGGACCGUAUGUGUAGGGGACAUUGUUUGGGCCAAGAUUUAUGGCUUCCCUUGGUGGCCAGCCCGUAUUCUUACCAUAACUGUGAGCCGGAAAGAUAAUGGCCUUUUAGUUCGACAGGAGGCUCGUAUCUCAUGGUUUGGCUCCACAACAACAUCUUUUCUUGCUCUUGCACAACUAUCCCCCUUUUUAGAAAGCUUCCAGUUGCGCUUUAAUAAGAAGAGAAAGGGUCUUUACCGCAAGGCCGUCACAGAGGCAGCUAAGGCUGCUAAGCAGCUGACUCCCGAAGUUCGGGCCCUGCUGACACAGUUUGAAACGUGAACAUGGAAAGUAAGGUAGGCAAGAAAUCUGGAGGCUCCGCAAAAUUCAUAGCCUAGUUAGAGAUCUACCAUGAAGGACUUGCCAAGUCAGAAGUUGCACUCGGUUGACUGCUCUUUUUAUACUAAAGUUGUUCCAUUUGUAGCGGUUUCUUGACAGUUAAACAAAUCGAACAUGCAAUCAAAAUUAGCCUAAAGUGAGAACUUCAGUAUUUUUCAAGUGAGAAUUUUUUUUAAAGAAAAAACCUCCUCAAACACCCAAUGCAUAGGAGCCAUAGCCUCAGCUGAAAGGCAGCUUAUUUGCAGGGAAUUUUUUAGUAGUUUCUACCCAGUAUAUAACUAGUUGCUGUGUGGCAAAGGGUUAACACAAGGGAUGAAAGUAGUAGCUGUGACUUUUUUUUUUUUUUUUUAGGUGGCCCAUCAGGGAAGUGUAGA